GUACAUCUGCGAUGCUACGUGCGAUUUUACUUGGGAAUGGUCGCUCAGGGAAACUAUGGAAAAAACAACCAUGCGCUUCACUUUGUUUCUACCGGGCACACCCAACCCUACUCUAGUCUCCGCCUCGCUUCCUGGACAAGUAGACGGUGGGCGUAUUGGAUCCACUGACGAAAAGUCAGGCGGGCAGGUCUUUCUAGGUGGAGCCAUCAAAUCUGUCUUCCAUUCCGCGUUUUCCAACUCAGCAUACUAAGUUAGACCCAACUAGCGUUAACCUCCAGCUCCUGGUUUUGCAGGCGGCUUACAGCGGUUUAGCGCAUCUGGUCCGCCGCGCCUUCUCUCUCUUCUCCUCCUCCUCCUCUUAGUGUAGGCAUACCAUAGCUGCUAGUACCCAAGAAGCUGCCAUGUCCGGAGAAGAAACUGCCGGGGAAGAUGCGGGAGCCCCUCAACCCAGCACUGUUGCUCCUCCAGCGGAGCAGCAGCAGAACGAAGAAGCAGUGGCGGAGGCACCAGCGACUGGCGAGGAGGGAAAGGCUGCUGCGGGGACGUCGGAGGAGGCUCCCGCAGUUUCUACCAGUACCGCUGCUGCUGGUCGCCAGUAUAGGGCACUGGUGCUCACCGGCUUUGGUGGUUACGAGAAGGUGAAAAUGCAGAUUCGGCAGCUGCCUCAAGCGGAACCCAGUCCGGGCGCUGGCCAAAUCUGCGUGCAGGUCCGGGCCUGUGGGCUCAACUUUGCUGACCUGCUGGCUCGCCAAGGGGUCUACGACAGGCUUCCCUCGCCCCCCGUUAGCCCUGGCAUGGAGGCGGCGGGAAUCGUCCUGGCCGUGGGCGAGGGCGUCUCCAGCCCAAAGGUUGGUGAUAAGGUGAUGAUUAUGGCCCGGUCAGGUCUCUGGCAAGAAAUUGUGACAGUUCAAGCCAAUCAGACUUUUCUCAUGCCGGAAGGUAUGAGCUUUGAGGAAGCAGCUGCCUUUCUGGUCAAUUACAUCACUGCCUACAUGGUUCUCUUUGAUUUUGGCAAUCUGCGCCCUGACCAGAGUGUCCUUGUCCACAUGGCAGCAGGUGGUGUGGGAACUGCAGCCGUCCAGCUCUGUAAAACUGUGGAAAAUGUCACCAUUUUUGGCACAGCAUCUGCCUCCAAGCAUGAGGCCCUCAAAGAAAAUGGGGUGACUCACCCGAUUGAUUACCGGGCAGCUGAUUAUGUGGCUGAAGUCCGGAAAAUUUCUCCCAAAGGUGUAGAUGUUGUUUUGGACCCCUUAGGAGGUUCAGAUACCACAAAAGGCUUUCAUCUCCUGAAACCAAUGGGCAAACUAGUCAGUUAUGGUGUAGCCAACUUGCUAACAGGACAGAGGAAGAACCUGAUGGCUAUGGCAAAGACCUGGUGGAAUCAGUUUAGCAUCAAUGCCUUGCAGCUGCUUCAUCUCAACAAAGCAGUUUCUGGCUAUCACUUGGGUUACCUUGAGGAGGAAGUGGAGCUUUUAACUGCUGUGGUGACCAAGUUAAUUGCUCUCUACAAUCAGGGCAAAAUCAAACCAAAGGUGGAUUCUGUUUGGCCCUUUGAACAGGUGGUUGAUGCCAUGAAGCAGAUGCAAGAGAAGAAGAAUGUUGGGAAAGUUGUCUUGGUUCCUGAAGCUCCACCGAAAGAUGAAAACAAGAAAAUAGAGAAUUAAAGCAAGGGGCAUGGGUGAACUAUUUGACCUCAGGUUGAUUUUGGGGGACUUUUUUUUAACUGCCUCCCCCCCCCCCCCCCACAUCUGACCCCUGAGGGAAGUAGAAUUGGAGAGGUCUCUCACUGCUGUUAAUGGAAUAAGUGACAUCAGGACUGAGGGAAAAAAAGUCUUUUCUUGUGGUUAGUUGGCCGUUUAAAGUUGAGGCAAGCUUCUGAGUUUCAUAAAAUCUUUACAGAGUGGAACUUAAAAGAUUGCCACAUCCCUGUGAAAUUAUUGGUUGGUCUACUUUAAAAAAAGAAAUCCAGCACUUCUUUUGCAAUCUUGAUAUUUUGCUCUUAAAGGAACCAUAUAGAGAAUUAUCUGAAGUGAAAAGCAUACAAGGCAAAACCUAUCCAUUGGCAACGCCUUUGAUUUCUUGAUCUUAAAUUUUUGAACACACUGUUCAAAAAUUCCUAGAUAUGUUAUUUGUCUCAAUGACAUCUUCUGUCCUUAGCCAUCCUUAGCUCACCUCUGAAUACUUAAUGAUUAGUUUAAGUUUAGAGAUUGUAAAACACCCAUGGUUUUAGCAGCUAUUGGCAGUUGACAGUUUCCAUAGAAACAAAUCUUUGAAUCUGCUACUUUGGAAGGGCACAUUUAACAAACAGAACACACUAGAUAUCUUUGCAGCUGGAAGGAGAUGUGAGGAAGAAUUUUUUGCCUCUGGGGUAUUCAUUUACCUUAGUGCAACAAAGCUACCAUUGCUUCCUGCAAUAUGAAAGUCCUCUGUGCUAUCUAGGCAAAGCUCAUAUAUCUUCUUCUUUUUUUGCCAAAAUCUACUAUGGAGAAUGCAAGUAUGAAAAAUUAAGGAAUUGCCAGUAAAGAAACUGCAAGACUCCAAGUAUGGCUUGUUUUAGAGAGAAGUACUGACUGUUUCCAUUUAAAAUGGGUUAUGUAGACAGACAUUUAUUUAACAGUACUAAACAGCUGACUAGUCUGUAAUCUCAAAAUAGUAAUUUCAUGUUUGUCAUCUCUGGCUUGUGGCUUGAUAUCAAGCUGUUCUAAGGAUUAACUAUAUAUAAAAAAAUAGAUGUUCUCAGUCAAAGAUAGGAGAAAUACUUUAAUAACAUUAUUCCCUCUUACAACUGUUUAACUUCAAGACCCAAAAUAUUUAGAUGUGCAUUGUGACUGUGAUUUACAAGUUACAGUAAGGAUGAACCUAGUUUAUGAUAAAGACUCGCUGCAAAUUAAAUAUUCUCUUAAUAUUUUUAUGCUGUAGAGGAAGGGCAACAGGACCAAUUCUGUACAAGAAACAGAUUGGGCAGGAAAUAGUAACAGAUUUUUACAUUUGUAAGAUUCUGACUUGACUUGAAAAAAAAUCAAUUGGUCACAUAUCUGGAACUAUUUCUGCUGAAGAUCUUUUUUGUUGUUGAACAGAUUAAGUUUGUCUGAUCCUUUUUCAUUCACCACCAUUUCUGAAAGCUCUUCCUUGAAAAUCUUCAGAGGGUUUUUGUGUAUGUAUGUCAGUAAAUAGUUUUGCUAUUUUAGGAAUUUGAUCCUCAGAGUAUUUCUCAGCACUUUGAAUUACCCAUUUCUAAAGUUCCUUCUCUUUCCAGGAGUUUUGCCAAUCUGCUUUGGGUGAAGCUAUUAUCCUUCAUAUUCCAGUAAACAAAAUAUCCAAGAAAAGACAAGGGUCCCAAGUUGCUUCCUCAAAGUGUUCUUUUGAUUCUCAAUUAGUUAUAGCAGAAAAAAAAUCAUAAAUUUAAUAUUCUGUCUCUUAUUGGCCUAGGAAAAAAUAUUUUCAGUAGAUUGUAUCAGUUAAGCAUUUUUCUUUCUGGCAAUUCUUUUUCUUUCACCUAUCUGAAAGCCAUCUAUGAAAAUGUUGAGACCACCUUCAAUCCCCACACAAAAUAUAUAUUUGUGAGGGGUCCUUGGUGCUUUCUGAGCUUGCCUGUUUU